GCCCAACUGCUCCUUUCGUCUUCAUCUCAUCCUCCAGGCGACGGCAACGUAUGGCGGCGCAGGUGAUCGGUAACAUCUAGGCGACGAGAGGCGUUCGUACCGGUGGGAGCUCACACGGUGACGACGACACGUCGUCCGCCGUGAAUGGCAGCAUGUGAUCCUAUACGGCGGCAUGGCGGCGCCCCUGUACCCAUGUACGAUGCAGGCACUGAUUUCUGUACAAUUGAGUUCAUCCAUGGUGGAUCUUUCAUGGGCACUGGUGGUAAUCUGUCAUAUCUCAAUGGUCGCAAGGUCUGCUAUGAUUACUGUGACAGUAGUGUUGCUUGUAUGGAGAUGUUCUAUGAAUUAGUAGAGAAGGUGGGUUAUGAGACUGCAGGAAGAAUUCAAAUCUAUUUGCUGCUGCCUGGGAUGCAAAUGAAUGAAGAUGGGCUCAGGUUGAUUGCAAGCAAUAAUGACACAAAAUGCAUUAACAAGCUAGUUAGAGAAGGGCACAAAUACCUGAUGUUGUAUCUUGUUCAUGAUGGUGCUUCUGGUGGAGGAGGAUGUGAUGAUGUGUUAGCAAAUCCAUGUACACAAGCACCUGAUGUGAUAUGUCCUAUGAAGAGCAAGAUAAAUAACAGUGUUGUAGAGGAGCAAAGCACUGUACUUGGUAGGGACAACAGUGCUUCCAUGUUAAAGCGUUGGUAUUUAUAUGCUUCGUUUGACAAUAGAACCAAGGGAAUUCAGGUUAAAACAUUUAAAGAUGAGCACACAUCCACAAAGAAGUGGAGUGUUAAAGCGUUCACUGCCAGAUACAUUGCUGCAAACUAUGUUGACAAGGUCAGAGCAGAUGAUAAGAUUUCUUUGAAGGGUUUAGGAGCAAUGGUGCAGGAAGAGUGGAACAUGAAGGUUCACAGGCAGAAGCUUUGUAGUUCUAAUAUAUGCUUUGGGUUGAACUAAGGCAGUGCGAGAACUAUUUAAAGAUUCAGAGCAUAGAUAUUGUGUGAGACAUAUCUGGCAGAAUUUCACAAAGAACUUUAAAGGAGAAGCGCUAAAGAAUCAAUUGUGGAGAUGUGCUAAAGUUUCCUCCUCCGGUGAAGAAUACGAGGCUAUGACACAAGAGCAGAACAUGCAAACUGAGGGUUUAUUACAACAACGACCGCCUACUUAUGAGGCAGAUGCCAUUACAACAUUAAUGGAAGAGACAAAUAUUGCAAGCCAGAUCAUAGAACCACCUAAUUCAGGCCCUUUACCUCCAUCUGCAUUUAUUAAACAAAAUGUCCCAAGCCAACCCCCUGUUCAGCCAACAACUGCAACAUCACAGGAAAAUGUUCAUAGAAAAAGAGAGGUGCUUGCACUGGCUAAACUUAGACUUGCAGCUGAAAAAAGAGAGAUUGCAGAUCAGGCAAAGUUUGAUGCAGCUUUGAACAAGAUCAGAGAGGAGGAGCAAAAGAUUUUGCAAGCUGCAGAGAAAAGGAAACAAGAGGCAGCAGCAAAAAAGUUAGAGAUUGAGGAGAAAAAGAAAGAUGUGCUGAGAGAAAAACAGUUGGCAGCUGAAGAAAAAAGAAAAGAAAUUGAAGA